AAAAAAAUUUUAAACGCUAAUGGAUCGUUCAAAUCUCAAUUAUAAUCAAGUACAUCACGAUCAAUUACAAUACAGAAACCUUCCCGGGCCAACGGCCUUUCCCGGGCGACCACCAGUCAUUCCUGGACAGCCCGGACAGCCUGGGCAAUCUGGGCAACCCGGGCAACCUGGACAACAAUCUAGUUUUCCCGUACAAACAUACCAACAGCAACAAACAGUAUAUAAUCCUCAACACUCUCAACAAAUGCCUCAACAAAACACUCAACAAAUGUUAUUUUUACAACCACAACAGCCAACAGCAGCUGUUUACCCAGCACAAACUAUAUACCAGCCUCAACAACAGCCUCCAUAUAUUCUACAACCUACAGUUCCUCAGACUAGGACUGAGGAAAGACCCAACAAUUACGUUAAUUUGCAUCCAACUCUGAUCAAUACCAGUAAUGCUGCAAAUACCGCUCCUAAUCCAACAACUACGAUAGCCGGAGGCAUAAACAGACCAGCUGGGCGAAAGCAAUUUACAAAUGGUGUGAACGUUAAUGAACGACGAACAAAUGCUAAUUCUAGUAUAAUUAAUAAACCUCAUGUCGCUACCUCAUCAGCGUCAACUAAUCAAAGACAAAAAGUGGUACCAGCGGAGCCUGGCUCAUGGCAGAUUCCGCCUGCUGCACAACAACAACUUAGUGCGGUACAACAACGACAGAGCCAACAAAUUGAAACACUCGAGCUUCGUAUAGCUGAAAAUGUAUAUGAUACGGAAGCGUGGCUAUCUUUACUUGACGAAGUGAAAAAUAAAGGAGAUCAAAAUAAAAUUAGAGAGACGUUUAGAAAUUUUACAGACAAAUUCCCCACAGUGUCUCGUCAAUGGAUUGAAUACAUCAACUUCGAAUUGAGCCAAGAUGAUAAGAGUAAAGUUCAAGAAUUAUAUCCUAAUUCUUUUCGUUGUGCUGUUUCCGUUGAUCUAGCUAAGCAUUAUAUUGAAAAUGUGCGGAAUCAAGUUGAAACCAGUGAUCCACCAGAACCUGAUCCUAUUGGAAAUAUUAUAUCUAUAUAUAAAUAUGCACUAAAUCACGUUGGGUUGGAUAUAGAAUCAGGAGUUAUUUGGCAAGAUUAUUUAAAUUUUCUAAACAGCAUCGAACCCAUGGACAACAUACUAAAUGAAUUGCGAGACGCUUACAAACAAGCUUUGAAAAUUCCAUUGAAUAAUAUUGAAGAAAUAUGGAAGAGUUACAAAAAAAACGAAAAGAAAGUGAGCCUUCCUAAUCAACAACCCAUUAAAAAACAACAAUAUGACCGUAUUUCCACAGUUGUUAAAGAUUUACGUCGGUUCACUGACAAAAUCAAUAAGAAUAUAAUUCCGACUCCUUUAAAAUGGACAAAGUCAGAAACAGAACAAAAACAUUAUGUGGAAAAGUGGGUUGAAUGGGAAAAAUCCAAUCCUCUUCGACUUGAGUCGGUGGACCUUUCAAAAAGAAUCAUUUAUGCUUAUAAGAAAGCCAUGAUGUACAUGCGGUAUUACCCUAAGAUAUGGCAUGAUGCAGCUGAAUACUUGGUCUCGAUUAGAGACGAAGACUGGACCUCAAUUAAAAAUAAAAAAGUAGAAGCAAAGGCAUUAUUUGGGUCCUUGAUUGGAAAGGAAUUUAAAGAAACGAAAGAAGAAAUAGCAGUUAAUCUAUUGAAUACUGCAAUUGAAAUUAUUCCAGACAGUUUGAUGGUUAACUUGCGUUAUGCAGAAUUGAAAGAACAUCUUAACCAAAAUUCUUACCGACAUCGUGAUUCUAAUCCGGAUGCUUUUCAAGAAGCAUUUUGUGAAAAUUUUAAAACGUAUGAAUCUUUAUUAGCAAUUAUGGAUAAAAAAUACGAAAAGAUUGAGCAAGACAUGCAAGCAGAAGUUGAUGCUUUGAUAAAGAGACAUGAUGUUAAAGAAACAGAAAAUACUACCUAUGAAGAUGGUGAAACUCGAGAGCUAAAAAGGAAAAAACAAAUAGGUCUCAAAAAUGAACUUUUAGAGGUUGAAGAGCGUAAGAAACGUCAAUUAGAUAAAAUAGUUUCUGCUGGCGGUAUUAUUUGGAUAAAUCUGAUAUCUUUCGUAAGACGCGUAAAAGGUUUAGAGGAGGCUCGUAAAUUAUUUUAUGAAAAAGCGGUUUUAUCACGUCUUUGCACAUAUAAUGUGUAUGCAGAAUUCGCGUUAAUGAAUUCUAAAUUCGCUCGUAAAUAUAUAAAAAAUGCUCAUUCCACUUAUGGCGCUGGUCCUGAUAACGAUAAUUCCCCUGCCGGUGAUGAUAUGAAAAUUUUCAAAUUAGGAUUAGAUCGGAAAGAAUUAGCAGAAAAUCCCAACUAUAUAGCAGAAUAUUUGAAGUUUUUUAUAGAAAAAAAUGAUCAUAUCAACAUCCACUCGGUCUUUGAGAAAUAUAUCCAGCUAAUACCAUCUGAUCAGAGCAAAAUACUCUGGGAUAUUUAUUGCCCAUACGUUUAUAAGUACUGCACGCUAUUUAAAAUAAGAAAUAUUGAAGAGCGAAGAAGACAAAUUUAUCCGCAAGAAUCGUCAAUAAAAAGGUUUGCCGAUCGGUUUGGUUUGCCUGACACAAGUUUAUUAAAGAACGAAAUUGGCUCACAAUUUGAUCACGUCAUGGUUCCAGCGACAAAGACGCCAACGGUAUUAAGAAAUAAAAAAGAAACACGCGAGCCCGCUGCUCCUGAACGACUGGCUUUACUGAAAUCAGUGAGUCAAGAAACAUUUAUACGGCCGAAAAUGCAGUCAUCGUGGCUAUUAUAUGAUCAAACGGAGGCAGAAAAAGAACAGCCAACCGUUGGUUCGGUUUCGGGUGCGCCUCCAGAAAAAAUUGCAAGACAUCUCGCGACACUUACUCCAGUUUCCAAUUAUAAGGGGCCAAUUAUAAACCCGGCCGCGUUGAUGAAUGUAAUCGUUAAAAACAACAACAUUCUGGUCCCUUCGGUACGAGAUAGAAGCCCGGCCAGGACUGAAGGUCGAAGUCGUACUCGCCAAACCGAAACGUUUGGCAAACAAAGAGGUGGCGCACCCAAGAGGAGAAGACGAGAUUAUGAUGGUGAAGACGAUGAUUCCUCGGAUCGGGGUAGCGGCCCAGGAAUCAAUCGCCCACCGGAAUUCGACCUUUUCCGGGCCCGCCAGGCCAAACGAGCUCGUGGUCAAUGAUCAGUAUCAUUAGUCUUUUGCAAAAAAAAAGGAAGGAAAACCUUAUAACCCGCGUGCAGGGAAGAAGUUACCUUGUGCUCGUAACUGAACGAAAGCUGUUACUUCAAUGUCAGAUGACGACAAAAACCGAUCACACACUCCCUGGUAAAGAGCAAGCUAAUAUUUAAUUUAAAAAAAUAAAAUUUUAACCUUGGAAGUUUUAAUAUUGUGUGAUUAAUAUUGGUUUGUCACUUUGCAUGAAUUUUUUCCCCUUUAAACUAUAAAAAAAUAAAAUUAUUGAUUUGCAGAAAAUGGGAAUCUGGCGUGGCGUAAAAAUAUCAUUGUAAAAUUAUUUGA